AUGUCGGCCACGACGGGGGCGGUGCCGUUCUGGCGAACGGCGGGGAUGACCUACAUCGGCUACUCCAGGCUCUGCGCGUCCAUGGUGCGGAGCUGCCUCAAGGAGCCCUACAAGUCCGAGGCCGCCGAGGUCGAGAAGGUCCACUACUCCCGCUCCAAGUGGUCCGACGGAAAGCAGCCCAAGCCCAGUAAGUUCCUUAAUUCCUCAUGA